AUGUGUGAUUUUCUUGAACCCUUUUAUGACAUUACUAAUUUGUUUUCCGGUUCUGAAUAUCCCACCUCCAAUCUUUAUGUUGCCAACAUUUGUAGAAUUGAGUCACUAUUAGUGGCUGCUUCUAAAGGGGAUGAUCCAAAACUCAAAGAAAUGACAGAUCUUAUGCGUUGCAAGUUUGAUAAAUAUUGGUCUGAUUACUCUGUGCUAUUAUCUUUUGCUGCAAUUCUUGAUCCUCGGUUUAAGUUGAAAUUUUUUGAGACAUCUUUUCAAGGAUUUGAUCCUCUUCCUACUUAUUCUUCCCAAGGUAGUUCAAAUUCAGAUGCAUAUCAUCCACGCAAGACUAGUAGAGUUUAUGCGAAUUUUAUCGCUGAUGUUGCUAGUGGUGACAUGGGUAAAUCUGAAUUAGAAUUAUACUUAGAAUUGCCUUUAAAACCUUGUAAUGUUGAUGAGGAAUUCGAUAUUUUGGGCUAUUGGAAGGAGCAAUCAACAACUUCCAAGUCUUUGUCGUAUAGCUAA